AUGGGAAUCAAAGUGCAAGUCAAAUUCCAAAAAGAUGGAGAGAACACCGACGAAGCAGACCAUUCAAGACUCUUUGCAUGGUGCGUUCACCCGGAGGACAUACUCACGUACCAGCUCCAGUUCGAGGCGUCCUGUGCGCACCACAAGAACGGCCUGAACCCCAACGCUGCCACGCCGGAGGACUGCACGGACUUCCUGCAUCAUUUAUACAGCCUGGGAAGAAAAGCCCGCACUGUUAACUCGGCAAAAACUGCGCUGGUAUUGUUCUUCAAAGAGAGCUGCAUCUCCCCAAACCCAGCACAGGACAUGCAUGCGAAGCGCUAUGUCAUUGGGUUACAGAAGUACAACCGGCAGAACAACGUCGACGACGAGAAAAAGGCGCACCCAUUGACUGUCCACGAGCUGCCCACAUUGAUCAACUUGUUUGCCAACCACAAUCCUUUGGUUGCUUCCAUGUUCCAGCUUCUGCUGCUGCGAUGGCACAAAAAAGCAAGUGUGGAAAAGGAGUGUCAAGUAAACCACUUGGUCGACGAAGCAGCUUACCCAUGUCUCCGAAUUUGCACGCUGUAUGAAGGCUACCUCGACAAAAUUCGCCAGGCGCAGGUCAACGUGUCUCAAGAGGCGUGCGUGUUCCCAUCUUUGUCCAACCAAGCGGAAGUUCAACUUCCGAGAGUUAAUGGCAUUGUGCCGUUGGACCGACGCGAAGACGUGCUGUGA